AUGGAAGCAUUCAUCGAGCCUAUGAGUCAAUUGAUCAUAGAUCUCUCAGCGUUCAAUUCUGAAAAGAACUCGACUGUGGACAGCGAUAGAACGAAUGUUCUCGCUGCUUUCAGGUUGUUCGUCGAUGCUGUUGAGACAUUCGCCGAGCACCUGCAUCGCCAAUUGCACCGCGACAAAAUCGCAUUUACAUCCACGGGCAAAGAGGUUACUGCUACCAUAAAUGACCAUAAAGAUAACUUGCUGCAGCGCUCCAAGCACAUGCUGGAGAUCGCCGAUGAUGCAGUUACCAACACACAGCAAUUGAAACGACUUGCCCUGGACUUGCAGCUUCGCGCUAGCAAAAUUCGGGAAGCAAUCGAAGAAUUGCGUGUUCAAACAAUACAAAGGAGCAAAGUUGACGAAGCACGAAUAAACCAGAUCGAAGGGGAACUCGAAAAACAACUUGCUGUAGUGAAGGAGACCGACGCGAAGCUACAGGAUCUGGAGCGGGAUAUGGGUAACGCCGAGGAUACGCAAACGACAAUGUCAAUGGUUCGCUUUGCUUCAUUGUUCCUGAGGCAAACUGUGCCAGUUGUUGGCAUACCGCUCCGCAUCUAUAGUGAUAUUUAUGGAAGGUCCGCCCAACGCGAACUGGACGCCCUCAAGGUCCAAAAAGAAAGUGUUUUGAGAGAAGCUCGCGAUCUGAGUGCUUCCAUGGACUCGUUGAAGGCACAAUGUUUGCAAAAUGCCUCCAACAUCGCGAGAUGCGAAGGUCAACUCAAAGAUGCUGGUCACAUGCUCGACGAUCUGCACAAGAGUGAAAUUGGAGCCAUUGAUCUGGUGCAUCUCGAUGCUCUGAAGCAGACAGCCAGCCGUUUCGUCAGCUACGCUACAGAUCUCGAAGGCGAUGUCUGCAAAAUCCACUGGGCCGAAGCAUCACUUGAACUGCAAACGAACGUACGUUCACUCGUCGAAGGCAUGAGAAAGGUUGAAGAUCUUGAUUUUGCGCUAGCAUUGAGGAGACUUGAGUGA